AUGUCGAUUGCUUGCUGCGAACGACUCCUUGCGGUUGGCCUUAAAAACGGCGACAUUUGCAUCUACGACACGGCUGGCUUUGGGACCUUCGAGCCCGUUGGCACUCUUACCCCCGGCAAGAAGGUGCGGCAGCUGGCAUUUAAGCCAUCGCCGUGUUUCCUGGCAUCCUGCAGUGUACGGAAGCUGAUGUUGUGGGAUGUACGGCGAUCCAGCGGGCCCUCUUUCCCCUGUGUCUGGGCCCAAGAUCUUAACUUUACCCCUGACCGGGUGAUUUUCAACAGGGAAGGAACACGCAUACUGCUUUCCGAUCCUGCACGAUGUGCAAUAAUCUCAUUUGAGGCCGUCUCUGGUUCUAUCAGUGAAACUCUUUUCCUCCCUUCGUCGCAAGAUUCGGAUUCCUCCGACGGCGAGGAACUGAUGGGUUCUUGGGAAGCCGCGGAGCAUGCUUACGUUGAUAGCGAUCAAAAGCUGGCCGCUUUGACGUACCGCAACUCGUCGGUCUUCAUCUGGGAUUUGGACGCCAUGGAAAAAGUAGGGAAUUUUGAGAGAGACGGGUAUGAGGGAGUCUAUUCAUCCCCGCCAGCUCUUGACUUGGCCUUUAACCCCGUUCCCGCGCUUGAUCUGGUGGCUAUCUCGUAUAGCGAUGGCGAGGUCGUCCUGUGUAACCCAUGGACACUCCAACAGACUGGAAAACGUCAUCUGUCUUACUCCCUGGUUUUACUUGCGAGCACAUCGGAUGGCCGCAUUCUCUCUGGUGGUGCUGAGGAUGGUGCCAUCCAUCUUUUGGGUUUUGAGACCUUACAGCCGCUCUAUGGUAUCCAGCCACCCGACGAACGCUCACGACUCUGUGGGCUUGCCUUUUCGGCGAAUAACCUCUGGUUCUUUGAGAUCAGAGAGCAGUCUUGCAAUGUCUGGGAGCUUCUUGUGCUAAUUCCAAAGGAUGGAUCCGAUGACAGCGCAUUUGAACUGAACAGCGAAAACGUCCCACCACACGAACCGAUUUCUUCCUUGGCCCACGCUUUCCAAUGGCGUCAGGCAAUAACCGCCAUCCAAACGACAGAACGUGGACUCUUCUUUGUCGGGAGGCAAGACGGCACGAUUGAUAUUCGUGACGGAAACUCAGGAGAGGUCGUCAAAAAGCUACGAUUCCACGGCGGCUUCGUACGAAUCAAGCAGUUGGGCUGGAAUGACGCCAACAAUAUCUUGCUCAGCCUCGACGCACACAACCACUGUAUUGUCAGCCGGCUAUCCUUUGAAAAGGAACCGCAUGCCACAGCUAUGCUGGAUCAUCGCGAACAGGAUGUUGUUCGACAAGCACUGUUAAGCCCCGACUCCACGUCCAUACUUGUCCGUACCGAUGCAACCCUCAAACUCAUUUCGGUUGCCAGAGCCUCUGUCUCAGCGGAACUGGAUAUUCCAGCAAGCUUCUGUUCGAGCCACCCUUCCAAUCCCUCACAGUUCAUAGUGUUUCAGUUUGGCAAGAUGCACCUAUUCGACUGGGCCUCACUGAGACGGCUCUUGCCCGCCGAAGGCAUCGCAAUCGCUGGCCUUGAGCCUCCUUUCGAGCCCUCAAAUAUGAUGAACGGUGCUUGGUUCGGCCGCCCUGGUUCACCAUACCUGGUCCUAUGCACCAACUCCCCAAGCCAGCAACAGCCCACUUGUUUCGUGGCAUUGGACGCGCCAAAACUAGCGCCGGAGAACCCAGAAGACGUUACCGUACAGGUCCUCGCCUCGCGUCAGAUCCUAGUGCAGACAGUCAUCGGGGUGCUCAAGCACGUCGUCGGGGUGCUCAAGCACACGCUCUACUUCAUUGACACGAUGGGUUGGAUGAGCUCUAUCAAGCUCAAGAAUCUACGCCGGGCCGAUCACUACACGCGGCACUUCUUCAUCCCACCGACAUGGUAUGUGGGAAGCGGUACAGUACUCGGUGUGGCGUCGAAAACGGCGGUGGCGUUCGCCAGGGGCGAGCAGCUCAUCCCAACGUAUGCCCACAUUAACCACAACAAUGCGCUCCGUCUAUUCUGCCUCUCUCAGAUUCUGCAGGAUCCCGGGCUGCAACCCCUCCAACUUCUUGCAAAGCAGCUCCCACACGUACGCGGCCUUCUCUGCGUCCAGAACAAUCGGAUCAUACUCCCGUACCUUGCCCGCCCGCAUGUACAAGCCGUGGGUCUCGCGCCCAGCCGAGGCAGUCUGCACCACGAGGCAGGCGCCUUCUUCAGCUGA